AUGUCUCAGCCUGCCAGCGCAGUUCCGAAGCGCAUGACGACUCGACCUAAAAAUGCGACUCAGCAUCCAGGACAUAUCCUGACCGGGGGCGAAGGCCGAGUAAAGAGACGCACCAAAGCUCAAAAGGCUGCUGACGACCAGCGUGAAAAAGAGGAAAAGCAGGCAAGUGAGAUGGCUUUACAGGAAGGACAUAAGCGCGUUGCUGCAUUUCAGAAAAAAAUGCAGACAGACCAAGCUGCUGCACGCGCUGAUGCGCCAAAGCCUACUCGUCCCCGCCCACGCCCCGUAAAAAAGGUCGCAAAAGUCGCGGAGACCUCCAACUUGACGAUGACCGACGAUAAGGCCGUUAGUGCUAAUGGCAAGGGUGGUAGGGCUGGAGGUAAAUUAGCAGCCAGGGCUAACGUCGAACAUUCUGAGAGUGAUGCGGAGGAGGAGGAAGAGGAAAAGGUGCCAGUGCCAGUGGCACGCAAAAAGAAGGGGAAGAGGAUAGUUGUACCAGUGAAGACGCCAGUGAGAGAUGCAAUCGAAGCAAUGGAUGUUGAUAUCGUUAUCAGCGAAUCAACGAUGGCACGUGACGACGAUAGGAAGUCUGACGAUGUCUCUAUCACAGGUCCUAAAAAAUUUGGUUUUGCUGCCGGGCGUAUCCCGGGUUGGAGGUCAGGUAUUCCUGCCGGUGGUUCGAAGCCGUCAUCCGACGCAAAGAACACACCAAGAUCUACGGCGCCUUCCGACUUCUCUAGUACCGCUCCCUCCUCUAAACUCACUAGGGGGAGUACUAUUAGUAGCGGCAGUGUCCCACUCACGCCCGUCAACACUAUCACCGAUGCUGGGGCUAACAACGUGGCAGAUCGUUUUACUACCCUGUUUGCAGACGAUGGGUUGGCCGAAUCAGUCGAGCGCUCUCAAGCCCUUGCCCGUAUGUCCAAACCAAAGGCCGCCCAGGGCGUCAAGAUUUCUUUCCCCAAUACUUCAGUACAAAUGAACUUAGCCAAUCGCAACACCAGUCUGGCUCCCAAACAACUCGACGCAAUUCAAGGCGACGUCGUUACUGAUGACGAUGGUGAUAGUGAGAUGAAUCUCGAGGCGACUGCCCCAGCAGUAGCAUCCCUCGUUAACUACGCAUCCGACACUGAUAUGGAAUCUGAUCUCGAACCUCCACCUUCUACGCAGGUCCCCAAAGGAUACUAUGAUGCUGACAUCCGUCAAGCUGCAGCUCGAGCUCAAACUCAAACAUCCCCCUCUACCAUUACGACGACGAGUGUCAAACGCAAACUCGCAGAUAUCGAGGAUGGCUCGAGUGACGAUGACGUGAUUGAGGAUGCCCUGCUCGAGGACGACCCCAUGGUCGAUCAUGACUUCGAGGACGAUCGUGACUUCGAGGACGAUCAUGACUCUGUGAUCGAGGAAGAUUCACUCUCGUCCGAGGUUGAAUUUGUGGGUCACAUCAAGCCCGUGGUCACCGUAGUCAAGACCGAAUCCGAACCAGUAUCCUUGCGGGUCACUUCAGCGACCAACGUUGGCGUCAAACACAAAGCUCCCGUGGCAAAGCGGACAAAGUCUUCUAUCGCCCACACUCGCAGUCUUUCCAGCAUCUCGAGCGCUACUUCUGGCGUCAUGUCGAACCCUGUAGAGGUGGAGAUUCUCCCCCGUUCCGCUUACAGGAUCAAAAACCUUCCUGGCGGUUCUCUUGCAGUCACCAGAUGGAGCUCCGUGUUCCUCCCUACUCUCAUUUCCGCGCUUGGAGAUCAAGAUGAAGUCUGGAGUCGUCUCGAGGCAACUCUCUGCAUUAUGCAAGACACCUGGAAUGCGGUAUACAAGGAUAUACCGCACACGGUCACCGUUGAUGGACCUGUUGUAGCUUUAGUAUCGGAGUGGCGCCAUGGCAUUGGCCAGACUGCCGUCACAGUACUUACGCAUUUCAUGUCAUUACAGGAUGAUGUAAAGACGGACAGAGACCGCAAGGAUUUCGCGAACAACUUGCUGUUCAAGCUAGGAUUCUUAUAUGGGAGCAUCACCGAGGAUGGGCAAUUCAAAAAGCCCUUCCAGUCUGACCUCCUUAUUCAGGUCCUCGUACAGCACGGGGUUGCUACUGGGGGCACUCUUGAUAGCCACAGGAAGAUCACGCACGCGAAGGGAGCUCUUAGUCUCAUGGAACGCGCCCUCAAGCUUUUCGGGCUUGACGACACGCUCGUCAGCGAACUGAAAACCAACAGCAAAGGCAAGGCUGUCAAGAUCCCUCGCAGCCUGAACAAAGCCUCGGGCAAGACCAGCACUGCUCGAGGGGCCUUUUCGGACACUAAUUAUGGUGUGGCGACAAGAAGUUACAUGAAGUCUAUCAAUCGUCUCGACGAAUCGGUCCUCCAGGACAUCUGGGAACGUGCUAAGGGAAUUGCUGCGAAGAGGCGCCGCGCAGCCCCCACUCUGGAUUCUGAUGAUGAGCGCGCGCUUAUCUUCGAUAGCUGGUACUGUCCUUUUCUGUUAGUCAGGCACUACUACUACUACUAG